CUGCCUCCCGCCGCCGCUCUCCCGGCCGCCGAUCAAAAGCGCUACGAGGAGCCGCGCGCGACAGACGCCGGCGGAGGCCCGGCCCGAGCACCUCCCGGCCCAACUUUCCCCGCCUGUUGCGCGGAGCCCCGCUCAGCCUGCGCCGCGAUGGCAACCGCGGGGCUGAGCCGCCGCUAACGGGACCGCCGCUCGGAUCUCGCUCCGCCGCAGGGGCCGCGCCGCAGGCAUGGAGGUGCAGCUGGGGAUCGGGCGCGUGUACCCACGGCCGCCGGGACGGACCUUCCGCGGCGUCUUCCAGACGUUCUUCCAGAGCGUGUGCGAAGCGUUCCAGGCGCCGCGGGACGAGCCGGGCCCCGGCCUGCCCGCACCGGGAGCCCCGUGCCCGCAGAGUCCUCGCCCGCCGCCCGUCGCCUCGCCCGCGUUCCUGCCGCUGCCCGAGCCCCGCGCCGCCGCCCGCCCGGCCAUGGGCUCGCCCUUCCCGUGCGCCGGGGACCUGAAGGAGCUGCUGGGCGAGCCGGGCGUGCUGCCGCUGCUGCCGCCCGAGGCCGAGCCGGGGGCCGGGCGAGCCGAGCCGGCGCUCAAGGAAGACUUUCUGGGCGACAGCGCCAAGGAGCUCUGCAAAGCCGUGUCCGCCUCCAUGGGGCUGGCGGUCGAGACUCUGGAGGCGCCCAGAGAGCCGCCGCCCCGCGAGGACUGCAUGUUCGCGCUGCCCGGAGGGCCGCCCCGCGCCCCGCGCCCCGACGCCGCCGAACCACCGGAGCCGCCCGCACCGGCCGCCUUCAAGGGCAGCGGAGCCGAGGCCGCCCUGGCCGUCGAGGUGCCCGCGGGGCUGCCGCUGUACCGCGUCUCCCCGCCGCCCGAGGAGCCGCCCGGCCGCGACUGCUUCGUUCUCCCGCCGCCCGCCCGCAUCAAGCUGGAGAGCCCCCCCGAGCCCGCGGCAGUCGGCGCCUGGGGCUCGCCGGUCCCCGCGCCGCCGUGGCCCUCCUUCUUCGCCGACGAGGGGCAGCUGUACGGACCCUGCGCCGAGCCGCCCCCCGGCGCCUUCGGCUGCGGCCGCCCGGAGAACGCCGACUUCGCCGCCGACGCGUGGCACCCGAUGGCGCGGGCGCCCUACGCCGCGCCCGGCUCCUGCAUCAAGAGCGAGCUGGGACCCUGGGCAGAGGGCUACGCCGGAGCCUACGGCGACGUCCGGCUGGAGGCUGGCCGGGAGCACAUCCUGCCCAUUGACUAUUACUUUCCACCUCAGAAGACGUGUCUGAUCUGUGGCGAUGAGGCAUCCGGGUGCCACUAUGGAGCCCUCACCUGCGGGAGCUGCAAAGUGUUCUUCAAGCGGGCGGCUGAAGGUAAGCAGAAGUACCUGUGUGCCAGCCGAAACGACUGCACCAUCGACAAGUUCAGGAGGAAAAACUGCCCGUCCUGCCGCCUGCGGAAGUGCUACGAGGCGGGGAUGACUCUUGGAGCCCGCAAGCUGAAGAAGCUGGGCAGUCUGAAGACACAAGAUGAAGCUGAGGCAGCCAGCUCAUCCAGCCCCACGGAGGAGCAAGCUCCUAAGAUGGUGAUGACACACGUCAAUGGCUUUGAGUGCCAGCCCAUCUUUCUCAAUGUGCUGGAAGCCAUCGAGCCCGCUGUGGUGUGUGCUGGCCAUGACAACAGCCAGCCAGACUCCUUCUCCAACCUGCUAAGCAGCCUGAAUGAACUUGGGGAGAGACAGCUGGUCUACGUCGUCAAGUGGGCAAAGGCUUUGCCAGGAUUUCGCAAUUUGCAUGUGGAUGACCAGAUGUCAAUAAUCCAGUAUUCUUGGAUGGGUCUCAUGAUUUUUGCCAUGGGUUGGAGAUCUUUCACUAACGUCAAUUCCAGGAUGCUUUACUUUGCCCCAGAUUUGGUCUUCAACGAGUACCGGAUGCACAAAUCCAGAAUGUACAGCCAAUGCGUCAGGAUGCGGCAGCUCUCCCAGGAGUUUGGGUGGCUUCAGAUCACGCCCCAGGAGUUUCUCUGCAUGAAGGCUCUGCUCUUCUUCAGUAUUAUUCCAGUGGAUGGCCUGAAGAACCAGAAGCUCUUUGAUGAACUUCGCAUGAACUACAUUAAGGAACUCGAUCGGAUCAUUGCUUGCAAGAGGAAGAACCCCACCUCCUGCUCUCGGCGGUUUUACCAGCUCACCAAGGUCCUGGACUCCGUGCAUCCUAUUGCCAAGGAUCUGCACCAGUUUACAUUUGAUCUUUUAAUUAAGGCCCACAUGGUGAGCGUGGACUACCCGGAAAUGAUGGCCGAGAUCAUCUCUGUGCAGGUUCCCAAGAUCCUGUCUGGAAAAGUGAAACCCAUUUACUUCCACGCGGAGUGAUCUUCUGGAGGGACUCCCAGUCGCAUUGCCUCCAUCUCAGCCACUUCUGCCUAUUGUUUCUGCACUACUGUACUGCAGUGCCUUGGGGAAUCCCCUCCGAAGAGAUGAUGUGCCACCAGGCAGACAGUAGCAAACUCCUCCUCCCUGCUGGGGUUCCUUCGAUUUCUCUUUUUCCUGUGGUACCUCUGACUGAACUCCUGCUGGGGUCAGGCUGCUCGGUGCACAGGAACGCCCUGUGUGCAGCACCUGGGGGUGGUCACUCCUUUAUUUUCCGCAGUGACUUUUAGUGCCAUGGGAGAUGUGCCGCCAGUUCUUGUAUUUCUGUAAACCAAAACAAGGUGAGGCCCAGGCUGACCCUUUAAGUUUGGGUGUGGGUACCUUUACCGGCCUCCUCUGGGACUUCUUUUGUGCAUUACGGUGCUGGGAAGAGAUGUAUUGAAUGUUGCGGUAGCACAACUGAGGGGAAGAGAUGAAUUGCAACCCAAUGAAUGAGAGAACCUCUCAGAGCUGGAAGGCACCUGGCAGUCACCGUGCAGGCCUGCUCGGCCCUGUGCAGCUCGGCUCCACGCGUGGCUGCUGGAGGGAGGAUGGGCUCUGGAAGGCUCCAUUGGUGAUGGCUGCUGCUUUCCCCUGGGGCACCGUUCCUGAGGUGAGCUGGAUGCUGCCCAUUCAGCAGUGUGCUCUCAGUACUCCCAUCCCUGUCCUGAACUGCUUGGACAUGACUGUGCCACCUCUACAAGUGCCUGAUGCCUCUCGGACCUCAGCCCCCCAGCAGCCGAACCCCUGCCUGCACCCCUCCCCUGCUCUGCUCACUCCGGGUGCCCGCACAGCCGGCAUCUCAACUCCUUCACCUAUCUGUCAUCUGCCUGAGCUGCUCUCCAUGGCAGCAGAUGGGUGCAGCAGGAGCAAAGCAGCCAGGCCUGGCCCUCUGCAAUUGGUGACUGUGGUCGUUAGCCCUGUCUUUGGGAGAUGGCUGCGGUAACGACCUGUGGCAGUGGUGGCAUCAUCCUGUGCUCACACAGAGCUGCCCAGGGAUGGAGUGAUGAAACAGUGAAUGUGGGCACGCCGCUUGGAGUGAGAUGCAUCAAAGGUUGAUUCGGAUGGCUCCCAGUGGUCUGGGAUGUUGGGCAGCCCCCAGCCUGCACCAGAUCUGUCUGGCAGGCUGUGCUCCCGUGGCACAGGCACUGCUUCGCUCCCGCUGCUGCAGAGCUCUCCAUGUGAUAGGGGGUGGGGCAGGGACGGAUGUGCUGUGCUCUGUGCCCCCUCAUAACACCAAGCAGCUGUGUGCCAGAUGUCUUUAAAAGCAAAGGCAGCUUGGUUCAGCACAUUGCUUGUCACAUGCACGGCCUCCCAGCUGCUGUGUGGGUUCUCCUGCUUCUAGGACCUGUCCAGAGCUGAGCAUAAUCUCCAGCUCUGCAGGCAAAGCCCAUGGCUACAGCCGGGUCCUUCACAAGCUCUUGGCAGGAACAAGCAUUUAAUGUUACAGAUAUUCUUUAGUCGUGCUAUAGGGUUUUCACUGAGGGAGGAGGUGGAGAAAAAUGACACAGAACUAUUGAACCAACACUCUCUCUGUACAGCCAUUUGUAAUGAGAUCUCCCCUCCUCUGUGGCUCUGCUUGUGUUCUUCCUCCUGAGCCCCCCUAUUUCCCCCCCCCCCCAUGCAGGUGGGCACAACCUGCAGGUCCCAGUAUGCCCAGCAGUCCUCUAAUUGCUGUGCCUUCAGUGUCCGUAUGAUCUGUUCAUACAUGCAGAUGAGUCAAUGGGAGGCCCUGCUGGUGUACUCUUCUGUUCUUGAAUGUUUUCUGGCUGUUAGCAGAAGAGAAUGAUGAAUAACGGGCUUGGUAAUGCCUUGAUCUCUGUCAUCAACAGGAGGAUGUCUAUGAUUGGUCUAAAUAACGUCUUUAGAGAGCUUUACAUUUUGCAUAAGCUCACGCAAGUAAGGCUUUAUUAGUUAAUGAGCGUAAAUGCAUCCUGCCGGGUAUUUUUCUGCUGGGAGGUGGGGAAGAGACCAGACUUGGUAGCGACUUGCAUACACCUACUUGCUGCUGCGAAGGCAGCAGGGCUGUGCAGCAGGCUGUGCCCUCAGCUGCGUGCUGCUCAGUGCUCCCUGCUGCUCUGUGCUAUGGGGGCUCUGCUGACGUGAGCCCCAGUGCCUGUGUGGGGCCCAGGCUGUGCCCUGCAGCUCUUCUAUUUCAAAGUAAAUUUCUGCAGUGCUUUUUCCCCACACUGGCUGUUUGUGAUGCUGAUGGAGGGGUUGCUGGAGGACGGGGAGCCGGGAGUGGCAGUGGCACCCGAGUGAGCAUUUGCCAGGGGGACAAGAACACUGUCUCUUGGUUUAUUUCCAUUGGCUGCUGCAGGAACUGGAAAAAAAAAAGUUCAAGAAAUACCAAAGUCCAGAUCCUGCCAUAUAUCUUUGUACUUUGUGUUUUCUUCUGCGUUUUCUUGUCUAUUUUUGCUUUAAUAAAGCGAAGAGAAUCUCACCAUCGUCCUCAUCCUAUCGCAGUUGACCUGGGGGUCCCGGCUGAGCUCCCAUCCCAGCGCAGGGCCAGCUCAGACCCUGGGCUCCCUGGGAAGGCGCAGUGCAGCCGAGGAGUGCACGGCGGGGCAGCAGCACAGCCCGGCACUGCUGUGACACCUCUGCCUGCACGCUGGGAGGAGCCUUCUGCUCAGCUCUGGGAGGAAUGGAUCUAAGCCCAGGCGGUGAGCAACCUGCCCCAUUCACGGGCAGGUGAACAGCAGCAGGUCAGUCCUGGGGAGCUGAGCUCUGUCAGAGCACGGAAUGGCUUUGCACCCUCCAGUUGGAGCAGUGCCGUUUGCCACAGCCACACAGCCGCCACUGCCGUGAGGAUCUCUCCUGAGAUGUUUUGAUAACAAACUAUAUGUUAAACAUAUGUGUACGUAUAUAUAGGCAUGCCCCCACUUAUACUGCUGAAGGUACCUGUUCUAUGUACUGCUAACGAGCUUUCUUUCUGCCUGCACACUGAGUGCGCUUGGGUAUCCAUCUGGUGGUGAGGCAGCACGUGCCAGUAGUAAUAGCAGCUUUUGGUUUAUUUCUGGGGGCUCUGCACUGCCCAGGUUUCCAAAGCCCAUCCUUGCAUGGCAUGGAUGCAGCACACUGGGGGUCCCGGUGUCAGCGUGCAGCCCUCCUUCCACUGCUCUGGCCAACAGGGAGGGGUGGUACCCGAGGGACAGUAGAGCGCUCUUUAUCUCUGCUCUCUUCAGUUGCACAAAGCAUCCAUGCACUUCAGGGCAGAAUCCCGGGACUGUGCCUAUUUUCUCUUUAAAGUAGAAAUAUGUUCUUACAACAUCAUGACUGCUGGAAUGGCUCUGAUUCCCGCUGCCUGGUGGGAGCAGCCACAGCUGAGGUGCUGAUGCCGUCUGUCGCUGGGUGCUGGGAACGGUGCUAUGGGGCCACCCAUCCUCAGCACAAAGCUGCAGACACGCUGCUCCAGGGCCGUGUCUGGGGAAGGUGUGGGCCUCCAGAACAAGAGCUCGGGCUGUGACCUGCCCACAGCCGUGUUCUGGCACUGUGGUCACUGCUUUGAGGAAGCAAGGAGGGACUUCUGUUCAUUCCUAUUGAAAACAGCAGGAAAACCUGCAUUUACGAUUCAAAAAGUACAUAUCUGCACCAAACAUAAAAACACAGUAAAUUUAUAAUAAGCUGCUCUCUGUGCCGGGUAUUUUGUGCUCUGUGGCAAUUUAAUGCUGGUUUAUUUGUUGACUUGUCUCUGUAAUAAAAAGUUCUCUAUAUUGAUACACUUUGCAGCAAGCCAAAAAGCCUAUUGCUGGUGCCUUUCUCCUGGGGAGGACUCCCAGCCCACAGCUGUGCUCACGGAAGUAACUGAGCAUGAUGUCUUUGCAAUUGCUUGCUUCACCAUUGCUGAGUAAAGUCCUGGAGUAAACGUCAUGGGAUUUCCAAAAGAAAAGGAGUGGGGACCCACAAACUUGGCUCAGUUCUACUGCUGGGUCACUGCCUGUUUCCAAGUGACGGGUGCUGAGGGCAGCGCUGAGCUCGGGGCUCCCGCACGGCACCGCAGCACCUCCACCCCGUCCCAUCCCAACCCAUCCCACUGUGACCGUGCUGCAGAGUGCCAACCUCUGCCCGCCGCAAUGCCUGCAGCUCCGUUGGAGCACACGUCUCGUUCUGCGAGGGGUGCAACUUCAUUGCACCACUGUUGCCUUUUCCAUCACUUUCCCCAAAUUAAUGGUCUUUGGAGACCAAAUUCUGCUUCUAGAAAAAGACAUCAGUUGGACUGUUGCCACUGUUUCCACUUUCUUUGUUGUUUUUCUUGAUUGGAACGACGAUCUGCCCCAAACACACGGAGCACAGAGAACAGAGACCUAUGACACACUGCCAUUGGGGCCGGGCAGCAGUGACACCACACUGCUGUGAGAUGCGGUGCAGGAUGUGACCCUGAUCCAAACAUCACCGCGCUGGGCUGAGUGACACCGUCUGUGUCAUAACUGACCAGAGGAGCCCACCUGGGCCCGGGGCAAAGACAGAACCCGUCAUGCUACACUGGGGGCAAUGAAACACCCCAGCCCACGCCUGGACCCCUGCGAGCCCUCAGCCCAUGCUGUGCCCUGGGCAGCUCUCCCUGCUCCAUGCUCUGCUCUUCUGUAACUUCAGAUCUGUUGUUGUUCCUAAUACAAUAAAGGCAAAAUUCUGUUUGUGGGAGCGCUGCUGUACGCUACAUUUGGCUUUUAUUUCAGUUAUGUGCAUGAGAAAUGCUGCUCAGUGUGACAAAUAAUAGGUGUUGGAGAUGCCAAGAAUAAUUGGGUAAUUUCUAAAUGGAUGAGGCUGUUGUUGGUAAUCCACAGAGGCUGUUUUUCACAGCUGGAUUCUUGCUAUUAAUUAUCUGAGCUGUAAUUCCUUUUACCCAUCAGCUGACCGAUCUCUUCAUGUGUGUCUCUUUGGGCCUUUUAAAAAUAAAUUUCAUUUGAUUAAUGUAUUCUCGAAGCAAGGCGCUAAUAAAGCCCCGUGUCCUCCUC